AUGGCGGCGACUACAGGGCCUGAUAGCUUCGUUGAUAGCCCAGCUGAUAGCGGCACUGAUUCGAGUGAUGCUGACUCUAAUGUCGCAGUUUUGAAGGGGAGACCAAGAGUAGCAAUUGAUAAAGAACGAUUGCAGUAUUUGAGAUCACUGAAAUUUACUUGGGAAGAAAUAGGAAACUUAAUGGGAGCAUCUUCCAAAACUGUGCAAAGGAGAGCAAAGGAAUGGAAUAUGAAAACUUUUUCUGUAAUAUCAGAUGAUGAGUUAGAUGAAAUAAUUAGUCAGUUUCCACACUAUGGGGAGGUGAUGUUAAGAGGCCACCUACAUUCCCAAAAGGUUUUUAUUCAAAGGAGUCGUAUGAGAGAAUCAAUCAAUCGGGUGAGAGGACAUCAGGCUAUUGCUCAACCUAUUCGACGCCGUUCCUAUUGUGUUGCAGGACCCAAUUCUCUAUGGCAUCUUGAUGGUAAUCAUAAAUUGAUUAAAUGGAGGUUGGUUGUUCAUGGUGCCAUAGAUGGGUUUACAAGGCUAAUUACAUUCUUGAAGUGUUCUGAUAAUAAUAGAUCUAGUACGGUUCUUGAAUCCUUUAUUAAAGCAUCAUCAGAGUAUGGCAUCCCCUCACGAGUUCGUACCGAUCAUGGAGGAGAAAAUAUUCGUGUUUGGGAAUACAUGGAAGAGACUAGAGGUCCAAAUCGAGGAUCAUAUAUUGCCGGGUCUAGUGUUCACAAUUGCCGAAUUGAGAGACUCUGGAGAGAUGUUUAUGCAGCUGUUUUAUCGAUCUAUCAUAUGAUUUUUCAAGACUUGGAACAAAUGGGUGCUCUAAACUGUGAAAAUAUUGCUGACAUUUUUGCGUUGCAUUUUAUUUUUGUACCAAGGAUUAAUCAUUCUCUUAAAUUGUUUCAGAAUUCAUGGAAUUCACACCCAUUGUCAACAGAGAACAAUAAAUCACCCCUUCAACUGUAUCACCGGCAUUCAAUGGAAACAUUGUUUGAUGAAACAGUCAAUCCUUUGAUUUAUGGUCGCAAUAGUGAAUCUAGUGAAGAUGAAAUGGCAGAUGGCAUAGAUGAUACUGCAGAGACUAUGACCAUUCCAGAUACACAUAUACCACUUAGUGAAGGUAGUCUGAGGCAACUCCAUGCUGCUAUAAAUCCACUUGCCAGUUGUGAUGACAAUGGGAAGCAACUCUACAUUAGUGCAAUAGGGCUUAUAUUUGUAUUAAUGCAAAAUGAUGGCUUAUUGUGAUUAUUGUGUUUUCAUUGUGAAUGAGGAUAUAGAAAAGUAAAUUGUAACUGAAGAAACUUAAUUCAAGAACUUGUUCAAUAUUUUUAUUUCACAUAUGCAUUCAUUAUAUACCCAUUACUUCAUGAUAGUGUAAUAAUA